AAAUGGAGAAAUCAGCAAAUAAGUCACGAACUCACGACUCACGAGGGAAAGAACUCCUCUGUUUGGAAUUUAGAUUAAAUUUGUGGUGAUAUGAAGAAGAAUCUGCAAAAUUGUUUGAAUCAAUCACAAAUGAAAGCUUUGCCAGAUUUUCGCUGAUCCAGCUUUCCCCGACGAAUCACGAAGCUUGGCCCCACGUUUCACAGCAGUCCACAAGUCUCUUUUCACUUCGGUUCUCGCUCUUCGUUUUUUUUGGUUUCUGGAUUUGUUGUUAGCAGAGGGAGAUGGUCCAUAGUGCAUAUGACUCCUUCGAGCUAGUCAGUGAUUUCCCUACAAAGAUUGAUGCCGUUGAAUCGUACGGUUCAAAGCUUCUCCUUGGUUGCAGUGAUGGAUCACUUCGAGUUUACGCUUCUGAAUCCUCUGGCUCUGAAGCAUCUUUGCCGUCUGAUCAUCACGCCUUCCAAUUAGAGCUCACGAAAGAACCCUACUCUCUUGAGAGAACCAUAAAUGGCUUCUCACGUAGGCCAAUCAUUGUUAUGGAAGUUUUGAGGUCAAAAGACCUACUACUUUCUCUGUCUGAAUCUAUUUCGUUUCAUAAGCUCCCCUCUUUCGAGACUGUUGCUGUAAUUUCCAAAGCCAAAGGUGCAAAUGCAUAUUCUUGGGAUGAUUCUAGGGCCUUUUUGUGCUUUUCCAGGCAGAGGAGGGUCUGUAUUUUCCGACAUGAUGGUGGGCGGGGCUUUGUCGAGGUGAAAGAGUAUAGUGUUCCAGAUACUGUGAAGUCAAUGGCUUGGUGUGGUGAAAAUAUAUGCAUCGGAGUUCGGAAGGAUUAUAUGAUACUCAAUGCUAGUACUGGUGCAUUGUCCGAAGUGUUUUCUUCUGGGAGAAUCUCCCCACCUUUAGUGGUGUCUCUCCCCUAUGGAGGGAUGCUUCUCGGCAAGGAUAAUAUUGGAGUUUUUGUGGACCAACAUGGGAAGCUUGGACAAGAAGGCAGAAUUUGUUGGUCUGAGGCUCCUUGUCAAAUUGUUAUGCACGAGCCUUAUGCUAUAGGUCUCUUGCCUAGACAUGUCGAGAUACGGUCUCUUCAACAACCGUAUCCCCUUAUACAAACUGUUGUCUUGCGGAAUGUUCGGCAUCUCAUACGAAGCAAUGAUACGAUUCUUGUAGCAUUAGAAAAAUCUGUUCAUGGCCUCUUCCCUGUUCCUCUUGGUGCGCAGAUCGUGCAAUUGACAGCAUCUGGAAAUUUCGAGGAGGCUUUAUCUUUGUGUAAACUCCUUCCACCAGAAGAUUCAAGCCUUAGAGCUGCAAAGGAGAGUUCUAUCCACGUUAGAUAUGCACAUUAUUUGUUUGAAAAUGGGAGCUAUGAGGAGGCUAUGGAGCAUUUUGUGGCUUCUCAAGUCGAUAUCACAUAUGUGCUAUCGUUAUACCCAUCCAUUAUUGUUCCAAGGUCAAGUGCGCUUCCUGAGCAGGAGAAGGUGAUAGAUUUUGGUCUGGAUGCUUCAGAUCUCUCUAGGUGUUCGUCAGGUCUAUCAGAUGAUAUGGAAGCUUCACCCAGAGCACAUAUUGAAUUGGAGGAAAAUGCUGACAUGGAGUCCAAAAUAGUUAGCCAUAAUACUCUUAUGGCUUUUAUCAAGUUCUUGCAGAAGAAACGGUUCAAUAUUAUUGAAAAAGCCGCAGCAGAGGGAACAGAUGAGGCUGUUUCUGAUGCUUUUGGUGCUAAUUUCAAAUCUUUUGACUCCAAUAGGCCCAAGAAGUCCAAUAAGGGUCGUGGCAGCAUUACCAUCAGUUCAAGUGGUCGUGAGAGGGCUGCUAUCCUGGACACCGCACUUCUACAAGCCUUUAUUCUCACGGGGCAGUCUUCUGCAACUGUGGAACUAUUGAGAGGUGUGAACUACUGUGAUUUGAAGAUAUCUGAGGAGUUCUUGCUUAAAAAAAAUCAAUAUACUGCCUUGCUCGAAUUGUACAAGUGCAAUGAUAUGCACCGCGAAUCUUUGAAGCUUUUGCUCCAACUAAUAGAAGAGUCAAAGGCAGGCCACCCACGAGCUGACCUCACCCAGAAGUUUACACCUGAAAUGCUCAUUGAGUAUCUGAAGCCUCUUUGUGGGACAGACCCCAUGCUUGUUCUGGAAUUUGCGAUGCUUGUUCUUGAAGUCUGUCCAACACAGACUAUUGAGCUCUUUCUGUCAGGAAAUAUUCCAGCAGACUUGGUUAAUUCCUACUUGAAACAGCAUGCUCCAAAUAUGCAGGCUAAUUAUUUGGAACUCAUGCUUUCCAUGAAUGAAGAUGGGAUCUCUGGUAACCUACAAAAUGAAAUGGUGCAAAUCUAUCUCUCAGAGGUACUUGAUUGGUAUAGGGAGCUGAUUUCACAAAAGCAAUGGGAUGAGACGGCUUACUCUCCCACAAGGAAAAAAUUAUUGUCUGCACUGGAGAGCAUUUCAGGGUACAAUCCAGAAGGUCUCUUAAAGCGUCUUCCAGCUGAUGCCUUGUAUGAAGAGAGGGCAAUUUUGUUGGGAAAACUGAACCAGCAUGAACUUGCUCUUUCUCUCUAUGUACAUAAGCUUCAUGUUCCUGAACUGGCUCUUUCUUACUGUGAUCGAGUUUACGAGUCUCAGCCUUCUGGAAAGUCUCACAGCAAUAUAUAUCUUACUCUCCUACAAAUCUAUCUAAAUCCUAGGAGGACAACAAGAAACAUUGAGAGACGAAUCAACCAUACUGUCUCAACCCCGAAUGCUGAAAUUAAAAGGGUUAAUUCCUCUGCCUCAAUUAGAAGCAAAGGAGUCCGUUCAACUAGGAAAAUUGCUGAAAUAGAGGGUGCAGAAGACGUGCGCUUUAGCCCCAGCAACACAGACAGUGGGAAGAGUGAUGGUGAUGCAGAUGAAGCCAGCUGUGAAGGAGGGUCCAAUAUAAUGCUUGAUGAGGCCCUUGAUUUGUUGAGCCAAAGAUGGGAAAGGGUCAAUGGAGCACAGGCCCUGAAAUUGUUACCAAGAGAAACUAAACUAAAGGAUUUGCUUUCUUUUCUUGGACCACUAUUAAGAAAAUCCAGCGAAGCACAUAGAAAUUUCUCAGUGAUCAAGAGACUUAGAGAGAGCGAGAAUCUGCAGGUAAAAAAUGAGCUCUUCAACAAAAGGAAAGAUGUCGUCAAGGUUACUGGUGAUAGCAUGUGUUCCCUCUGCAACAAAAAGAUCGGAACAAGCGUGUUUGCAGUCUACCCAAAUGGCACAACUUUAGUCCACUUUGUUUGCUUUAGGGACUCGCAAAGCAUGAAGGCUAUGAGAGGCUCUCAGUUAAGAAAGAGAUCACAAUAGAGAGUUCAAAGUUUUUGGUGUUUGCCAUCAAAAUUACCUAAUUUUUGCGGGUUAGAUCACAAUAAAGUCCGAGACGUUUGAGACAAAAAAUCGCGACAGCAAAAAAACUAAAUAGAAGUUAUUCGGAAUGCGUGAUCAUGGUGUAAUAAGAAGUAAGAGAUGAUUGACAAGGCAUUGUGUUAAUGUGUUUAUAUCUGUUUUGCUUGUUAUAUAUAUAUAUAUAUAUAUAUAUAU